AUGUCGUACCUUGAUGAUGGACUUCUCCGGAAGCCACUCAAGGUGGCCUGUAUUCAAAUAGCAAGUGGUCCCGACAAGACCCAGAACCUAGGCAAAGCGAGAGAGAAAAUCUUGCAGGCCGCGUCCGAAGGCGCACGUCUCAUUAUCCUUCCGGAAUACUUCAACUCACCAUAUUCCACCGCGAAGUUUCGCGAAUAUGCCGAGCCAUUAUCGGCAUCCCUCGACUCCGUAAAGUCCCCCAGUUUUGUCGUCUUGGCACAGAUGGCGCAGGAUGCCGGUGCAUUCGUCGUUGGGGGAAGCGUUCCGGAGUGCGACGUGUCCAGUCACAUAUAUAAUACGUGUGUAGUAUACUCCCCUCUAGGAGAACUGCUUGCAUUCCAUCGCAAAAUGCAUCUAUUCGAUAUCAACCUACCUGGCGGCAUGUCGUUCCACGAAUCAGAUACUCUGUCCGCUGGGAAACAGAUUACGAUCGUGAACCUGGAGGGAUAUGGAAAGAUAGGGCUCGGGAUUUGCUAUGAUAUGCGGUUUGUCGAGCCAAGUACUAUUGCAGCUAGACGGGGCGCAUUCGACCUAGUUUACCCAUCAGCAUUCAACACCACUACUGGACCUCUCCAUUGGGAGCUCUUGGGUCGGGCGCGUGCGGUGGAUAACCAGGUGUACAGCAUUAUGUGUUCGCAGUCAAGAGACUCACAUUCAUCAGACCCUGCCUGGGGUUAUAGCAUGGUUACUGAUUCAAUGGGCCGAGUUAUUGCUGGGACCAAAGAAAGUGAGGACAUUGUUUAUGCGCUUUUGGACCCGGAAACAAUCAAGCAAAAGUCGGAUAGCGAUUCCGAUCACCCAUCAGAGAAAGCAUGA